CUCAACUCCACUCACAGCCACCUCUACUAAUCGCACACCCAUGAUCGGGCCCGAACUGCCCCCGCACCUGCAGCGGCCCAAGAAGGACGAGGAAGAGGAGUCGAGCGAUGACGAGGACGCGUUCCUGCCAGAGCUCCCGCCCGAUCUCAAGGCGGGCCCGAAGGCUCUCUCUUCUACCCCUGGUCCGUCACCAUCCGGGCCGUCGGCGUCUGCAUCAAACCCUUCCGCGCCCGCGUCUACCUCCAGGCCCUCCGCAUCCACACGCCCACCACCUGCCCCGGCACCCUACGACGAUGACGACUCGGACGACGAUGUGGGACCGAAGCCGCUCGGCGCGCCUGCCGUGCGGCACGACGAGAAUGAAGGUAUUCGCCGAUUCUUGGAAGUCGAGCAGAGGAGGAGGGAAGAGGCGGAGAACGCCUCCAAACCCAAGACCCUCCAGCGCGAAUCUUGGAUGCUCACCCCGCCCUCGGCAUCCGAGCUGCUAUCCAACAUCGACCCCACCAAAAAGCGCACCUUCUCCACCUCCACCCUCGCCCCCGCGUCCUCCCGCAAGAAGAACGAGCCGAACCUGUGGACGGAGACGCCGCAGGAACGACUCCAACGACUCAAGGACGAGGUUAUGGGUCGCACGAAAGGAGAGACAGAGGGGAGGCGGAAACGCGCUGUGAACCCUACGGGGGACGAUGGGAACGACGAGGAGGGUGCGGGGGAUAGGGAGAGGGCUAAGCGAAGGAAAGUGGAGGAAGAGCAUCAACGCAAUGUAGGGGAAGGCGUGGAGGAGUAUACGCGCAAAAUCCGCGGCCCCUCCCUCACCGAGGCCCACCUCGAGCGCGAGCGGCAGAAGGCGGCGAGCAAGGCGAAGCGGGAUGAGUCGGCGAGCAAGGCGAAGCGGGAUGAGUCUGACCCCGACCCCAUCUGGGACCGCGACCGCGACCUCGGCGUCGGCGGGCGCAUCUUCAGCGACGGCGAGCGCAAAAAAGCACUUCACGACGCGCGGAGCGGGCUGGGCGAGCGGUUUGGCGCGGGGGGUGGGGGAAGGUUUAUGUGAGGGGGGUGGGGGAAGGUUUAUGUGAG